UAGAGAGUGAAAGAGCGGCAGGGGGAGAGAAAGGGAUUUUGAAAAGAGCGGCAGGAGGAGUGAGACUUGCUAUAAGGACACAAGCACUCUUAAGUCCAGCCGCUCCUCUGGUUUUACGCAUAAUCUUGGAAGAAACAAACAAAACAGGAGGAGCUGUGUGCGCUUGAUUAAGACAAGACUCCAAUUUAUUAUUUUUAUUUUUUCUUACAUUAUUUUAAAUUACUUGCAGCUACACACACUUGGGGACCACCGGACCUACCAUGAUAAGGGCUGUGGAUGUUGUCCUGUCUGUGCUGCUCGCUAUAUCCAUAUCUUGCCCGCGCGCAUUAGGCGGGUACGGGAUGAGCCUGUUCGCGGCGCAGACCUCUCCUCCAGACCCUUGCUAUGACGAGCACGGCAACCCGCGGCGCUGCAUCCCGGACUUCGUCAACUCCGCCUUUGGUAAGGAGGUGAGAGUGUCCAGCACCUGCGGCAAGACGCCGAGCCGCUACUGCGUGGUGACAUCUGCGGAGAAAGGAGACGAGAGGACCAGGAACUGUCACACCUGCGACGCGUCCGACCCCAAGAAGUACCAUCCGCCGGCGUAUCUAACGGAUCUCAACAACCCUCACAACCUCACCUGCUGGCAAUCCGAGAACUUUAUCCAGUUCCCGCAAAAUGUCACGCUCACUUUGUCCCUCGGCAAGAAGUUUGAAGUCACAUAUGUGAGCCUGCAGUUCUGCUCUCCGCGACCCGAAUCCAUGGCUAUCUACAAGUCAAUGGACUACGGGAAAACCUGGGUCCCCUUUCAGUUUUACUCUGCUCAGUGCAGGAAGAUGUACAACAAGCCCAGCAGGGCCGUCAUCACAAAGCAGAACGAGCAGGAGGCCGUCUGCACGGACUCCCACACGGACAUGUACCCUCUGACCGGCGGCCUCAUCGCCUUCAGCACGCUGGACGGCAGGCCGUCGGCUCACGACUUCGACAACUCCCCGGUGCUGCAGGACUGGGUCACAGCCACGGACAUUAAAGUAGUCUUCAGCCGGCUGCACACUUUCGGUGACGAGAACGAAGACGACUCGGAGCUGGCGCGGGACUCGUACUUCUACGCCGUGUCGGACCUGCAGGUCGGAGGGAGAUGCAAGUGUAACGGGCACGCGUCCCGGUGCAUCAAGGACCGGGACGGUAGUCAGGUGUGUGACUGUAAGCACAACACGGCCGGACCGGAGUGCGACAGGUGCAAACCUUUUCACUAUGACAGACCGUGGCAAAGAGCCACAGCCAGGGAGGCCAACGAGUGUGUCGCCUGCAACUGUAACCUUCACGCCAGACGAUGUCGUUUCAACAUGGAGCUCUACAAACUAUCGGGGAGGAAGAGCGGAGGAGUCUGCCUGAAUUGUCGGCAUAAUACAGCAGGCCGUCACUGCCAUUACUGCAAGGAAGGCUACUACCGAGACCUGUCCAAACCCAUCUCACACAGGAAAGCCUGCAAAGCAUGUGAUUGCCAUCCCGUGGGUGCUGCUGGCAAAACCUGUAACCAAACCACAGGACAAUGUCCCUGUAAAGAUGGCGUGACUGGUAUCACGUGCAACCGCUGUGCUAAAGGCUUCCAGCAGAGCCGCUCGCCCAUUGCCCCCUGCAUAAAGAUUCCAGUUUCUCCUCCUACAACUCCAGCAUCCAGCAGCACAGAGGAGCCAUCAGACUGUGACUCUUACUGCAAAGCAUCGAAAGGCAAACUGAAAAUCAACAUGAAGAAGUACUGCAAGAAAGAUUAUGCUGUCCAGGUGCACAUCCUGAAAGCAGACAAAGCCGGCGAAUGGUGGAAAUUCACCGUCAACAUCAUCUCGGUCUACAAGCAGGGAGAGAGCCGCAUCCGACGCGGAGACCAGCUUUUGUGGGUUCGAGCCAAAGAUGUGGCCUGCAAGUGUCCCAAGAUCAAGCCUGGGAAGAAGUACCUGCUGCUGGGGAACGAUGAGGACUCCCCAGGCCAGAGCGGCGUGGUGGCCGACAAAGGCAGCCUGGUUAUCCAGUGGAGGGACACAUGGGCACGCAGGCUCAGGAAGUUCCAGCAGCGUGAGAAGAAAGGCAAGUGCAAGAAGCCAUAAGUGGAAAGAUGGAGGGAAUGCUGGAGAGGGAGAGGAAUUCAAGAGUAAAGCUGAGCAGGUUAUUAGGAAAAAAAAAAAUUUAAAAAGAGGUGAGAGAGACAGAGGACCUCGGACGGAGGAGACCAUUUAUGUCGCUGCUUUUUUGUGUAGAAGCAUGAAGAGAAUUAUUUAGGAUGAUUUUUUUUUCUAGUGAACUUUUGUUGAAGGAGCUCACCUUGCAGAUUUGUUUUUAUGGUUUAUUUUUAUCGAGAUUCGUCUUUCUCGUGGAUUUGCCGAAUUUGCACCUAUUACCAGUAUAUAACAUUUGUUUUUUGUCUUUUUUGUUUUUUU